GAUUCUGGACGACAAGACUGACCUUUUACGCCCCUCGGUUCUUAGUCGAAAACGUGCAAAACCCAGGGGGCCAGUUGACCUGUGACAAUCAGAAAGACCCCCGUUGCGACUCUUGUGACGGACAGGUAUCCAAGUUUAUCUGACAACGUUGAAAUUUUGCCCACCUAUAUGGCGUCGGAUGACAUUUGGAAAGUCUGUGAAUUGGACACGACACUUCGACCUCUUGGAAAGAGGGGCAACAUAACAAAGACCCAUGCCAGCACUCCUUUGAGCACAGACGAAAAGGUUAUAAACACACCGCCAAGGAGCGAUUCUACCACAGCAGAGUUCAUAGAGGUCCAUGCGCUGGACGGCAGAGCCAUCACCAUAGUGAGCACCAGGACCCAGACAGACUGGGAGUGGGUGGAGCAGACACUCACAGACAGCUGUCAAGUUCAAAGUGAAGUGGAGCGGUUUGAGCCAAAAGCCUCAUCCCAGACAGCCCUCCAGUGUGAAGUUAUUGGGCCUGAUUCAGAGAACGAAGAGCCAGACGAGGAGAAGGAGGAUGAGUCGCAUGGUAUACCUAAUGUGGGGCCACCUUCCCUGUUGGCCUACAAACCCGAGUCGAAACAACCGCCGGUUCAUUUUGAAAAGAUCCCAGUGGUGUCCAGCUCUGGAUCCUCUCAGUCCAAACGGGAAACAGACUUUGUUCUAUGUGACUACUGCCAGCAACCCUGUAACCCUUUCAUACGCCGGGAACAAUUGGAAAAUAAUCGUGACCUGGAAUUGCUCUUUUGCUGUGAACGGGCUCAGAAAAUGCGAGAGUUUCUCCUGGAAGAGGAGCGGGCCUUAGCUGCUGUGGAGGUGAACAGGAAGAUUGAUGUGGGCCCUCACCCACCCUUCAUGAACAAGCACGAGAAGAGAGCUGCAAAGGAGCGGGCAGAGCAGAGGUUGCGGGAAUGGGAACUUCAGAAGGUCCUCCUGAAUACAGGCAAUCAGAACCGAUUUUUUUCAGGUCAGAUCAAAACCAUAUCCUACAGACUGUCCAAUGAGGUUUGGACUAUCCAAGAGGAGUCACGCUUCCCUCAGAUGGACGUCAUGGACUCCUCAGACAUCUUCACCCUCCAGGGGGAGAUGGACCGGCAGCACAGAGAGAGGGUAGGUUUCUGCAUUAACAUCUUCACCCUCCAGGGGGAGAUGGACCGGCAGCACAGAGAGAGGGUAGGUUUCUGCAUUAACAUCUUCACCCUCCAGGGGGAGAUGGACAGGCAGCACAGAGAGAGGGUAGGUUUCUGCAUUAACAUCUUCACCCUCCAGGGGGAGAUGGACCGGCAGCACAGAGAGAGGGUAGGUUUCUGCAUUAACAUCUUCACCCUCCAGGGGGAGAUGGACAGGCAGCACAGAGAGAGGGUAGGUUUCUGCAUUAACAUCUUCACCCUCCAGGGGGAGAUGGACCGGCAGCACAGAGAGAGGGUAGGUUUCUGCAUUAACAUCUUCACCCUCCAGGGGGAGAUGGACAGGCAGCACAGAGAGAGGGUAGGUUUCUGCAUUAACAUCUUCACCCUCCAGGGGGAGAUGGACAGGCAGCACAGAGAGAGGGUAGGUUUCUGCAUUAACACCAUCCCUGUAAUGUCACUGACACCAACUUAUCUCAUCUGA